UAAUGUAUGUAUACAUUACAAAGAUGAGUUAUACAUAUAGUAUGUGCUUGAAAUAAGAAUGGAUUAUAUAAGAGCCCAGUUGGAAGGCAACUUCUAAAUAUCAAUACCAAAAACAAACAAGCGACAACUACUGCCAACAGGUGCGCGAACAAAAAUUCUGCCCGAAGGAACAAAAUGACGAAAAUGCUCAGUUUUCAAAAUGUUUGCAAUUUCAUCGCUUGCAAGCUUCACUGAUGAGAAUAAAACACUAACGCCCAUCAACAUUCUCAAAUCGCACAGAGCCAAAAGCAAUAAAUAACUUCUUAGGAUUUAACCUAUAUGGUGUCAUAAUGGACGACAUCAUUUUUCAGAGGCCUAAUCCAAAUUCCGUAUACGUGCUCAAUUCUAAUUACCGAUAUUAUGGGAACUUUGCCCGCCUAAAUUUGAUCGAUCCUAAUGACGUGAGCAGUAAAAACCAGUCAUAUUGUCUACAAUCAUCGAGUUCUGGCCAUCGCAGUUGUUCUGCGGCUACUCGACCAACGCAGUAUAAACUGCGUCAUUUUGGAAAGUUUUGUGACGUUCCGGAAGCAAUCGGAAAUCCAGUAACGACAGCACCUGCCACAACAAUAAAUCCACCCGCAACGACAUGCUUGGCAUCGACGGAUGUAUUUCAAAAAUUCUUCAAUUGCAGUUAUGUAAUAAAUGCCGGUGGUUGUGACAGCCUUCAUUCACUGCAUACCAAUUGCUAUUGCGGAAGAGCAGCUGGUGCAUGCACAGAUACGAACUCGAUGCAAAAUACUUGCAAAAACAAACCUAAUAACAACAAUAAGAAAAAGAAUAUUAAUUUAAAACCUUCCCUAAUCGCAAAAAAAACGAAAUUCCGAAAAUUCAUUGAGGAAGAAAAAUGGAAGACCGGCGACGAAUGCAUCAUGGAAAACGAAUACCAAAAUAACCACAAUGUUCGUGUCGUAUUUACCGGUUCCAGUACACCUACUGAAUUCCGUACCAACUCAAGUGUUAAGGAAUCAAAUACCGCUGAGUCAACUACAUUAACCGCUUCAAUGGCCGCAAUGGCAACUUGUGGGCCAUUGAACAACAUCGUCAAGCAUUACUGGAAUGGAAAAAUGGAGCCAAAUGCAACGGGUAGCGGGAGAAAGAAACAUCAGCAGCAGAACCAAUCGAAUAAUUGGAGCGGAAGUAGUGAUAGCAACAAUCAACAACACCAAGCCCCACAACAACUAGAGGUGUUGAAGUCAACCCACCAACAAAAAACCAAUUACGAGCUUAACAAGGAAGCAGCCGAUCUGCUUGGAUUGCCUUGCACACUUUGUGAUAACUGCCGAUGCCUCGAAUGUCAGAGCAGCUACUUCGAUUGCGAUGAUUCGGACAGCCUCUCUGAAGUGUCUGACUCAGAUGAGUACGAUGAGGACACAACGAACGAACUUAACAACUCGGUUGAGCUAGUAAUGUAUACUAAUUGCUACAGUGAUAAUUCGAUGACUGGCAAUGGAAUAUCGACAAUACAGCAACGACAACAGCAAAAAGGAUCUAGUUGUUUCCAGGAGCGACGACAGCCCAGUUUCACUUGCCCUGAUAUAAAUUGCAAUGCAAGAGAAUUCGGUGGUGUUGAUCAAGAUAGUUACAACUUGGUUGCCAGAGGCGGCGAUGAAGCUGGUAAUGGCAUUGAGCGAAUAGACAUCGUCAAUCAAAGUGUACUACCCUCAGAACAGUGCAAUGAGCUAGAAAAUUGUUCGAGUUUCAAUGGGCUUAGUUUAAGAGAUGCCAAUACUGAGAUUCACUUAGACACGGGAAGUGAAAGCCGAGAAUAGAAGAACUGUUGUUGAAACGUUGGAGAGAUAUAAUCAAAUGUGGACUACAACCCGAUAACAACAAAUUGUCGGUCAAUAGUGUUUUCAGCCCAAAUGUGUUUUAUUAUUAUACCCUGAACAGGGUAUAUUAAGUUUGUCACGAAGUUUGUAUC